AUGUCUUCAUUUGAGCCCCAGAGUCAGUCUCCUCCUCGAUGUGGCCCGCAGUUUCCGAGCCUCGGCCAGGAGCCCCCUGAACUCAGCAUGUACGGCGACUGUUACUACCCUCCUCCUUCACUGCCAAGUCCUCAGCGCACUACUCCUACCACCUAUGAGAUAAGUGACUACACCAGCUCCGCCUCAAACCCUUACCUAUGGUUUAACAGCUCUGGGAUCAACACAUCCCCGUACUUGGCUACCACCGGCCCGCCUGGUAAUCCCGGCCCUCCGUUUGUUCCUCAGCACUAUGGCAUGCAGAGGCCUUACCUGGGUCCACCUGGUGCUGGCGGUCCAGGAGGGGAACUGAGCUGGUUCUCCCUCCCUUCACAAGAAGACUUGAUGAAGCUGGUUCGCCCCCCUUACUCCUACUCUGCUCUCAUCGCCAUGGCUAUCCAUGGAGCACCAGACAAGAGACUGACACUGAGUCAAAUUUAUCAGUACGUCGCUGAUAAUUUCCCUUUCUACAACAAGAGCAAAGCGGGCUGGCAGAACUCUAUCAGACACAACCUGUCCCUUAAUGACUGCUUCAAAAAAGUGCCAAGAGAUGAGGAUGACCCAGGUAAGGGGAACUACUGGACACUUGACCCAAACUGUGAAAAGAUGUUCGACAAUGGAAACUUCCGCCGCAAAAGAAAGAGAAAGUCUGAUUCUCUGUCUAGUGGAGAUGGCAGUUCAGGGCCUCCAGAAUCAGGUGACAGCGAGAGGGCCAGCCCUAAACACUCCAACAACCCCAGCCUAAACAUGUCGCCCGCAACGGAUAGGAUUCCCUCACCUUCACUGUCAGGUCCCGGGCCGUGCCUGAGCAGCUUCUUGUCUGAAAUGUCUGGAGUCUCCACUGGGGGAACAAAUGAGGUGGGAGGUAGUGGGUUGAGCAGGCCGCUGCAGAUGAACGUUCCUUUAGAUGGGCCACAUAGGCCCACGCAGCCAGGAAGCUUUAGUACCUACUCGGCCAACUCCAGUGGUUCAGAGUGGGUACCACAAGUUCCAGCUCCACCCGCACUCUCCUCUUCACCCAGCCACUCCUCGCUAGGUUACACUAGCCCCAUUCUCAAUCAGUACAAUGGCUCCAACAGUCAUUUUUAUCCUACACUGAGUUCUACAGGUGUCAUCUAUCAUCGUGAGGGCACAGAGGUUUAA